AUGGACCCCUCUUACCGCAGCCUGCGGACCGUUGAGCUGCAGAAGCGGAAGGUCACUCAGUCGAAGAAUGCGUCCAACUUGUCGGAGAGGAAGCUGGCCAAUGUGUACGCGCCAAAAGACUUCGACGAAGACUCCACCAUCGUCGUGUGCAACUUCCCGCAAAAGACGACCAUGAACGAGUGUAAAAAUUUCAUGCAGUGGAUUGGACCAGUCAUAAGGGUCGAGAAAAUUCCAUCCUUCAUGCAGGAGAACAACUACCUCGUCGUGUUUUGCAAUCCGUACUUUGCCAAGGCCGCCCUCAAAACGGAACUUAUAUAUGAAAACAAAACGAAGCUGUUUAUCAGGCCAGUAGAGAAGAGGGAGACCCUUUGGAAGAACAUAAACGACAUGAUUUCGACGAACAUUGGAUUUUUUUCUUAA